UUUUUCCGGUCUCCGAUCGCAGUUGUUCGUGAGAUUACAAAUGAAAACAAUAUUCUACUGGGUAGGCGUAAAUUAAGUGAAAAAAUCUUGCGUAUGUAGCACCCGAAACUGCGCCACAAUGAAUCACAAACUGUUGUACAGUAUUACGCUAGUGAUAAUAUUCCAUGUAGCCACUACGCAGAGCCAAUCGUACGAAGAUAAACGGUGCAAAUGCAUCUGCCCGAGCUUCAAGACGGCGGACAACACCACGCAGGAGGGAACCGACCGGAUGCUCAUAAUCGAUAAUGUCCCACCGAACAAGUGCAACUGCGACGGUGUCAUCCUGCCCCGGCUUGUGGGCAAAAUCAAGGGCAAUGGGCAGGAGAUCUGUCCGCGGUGCGAUUGCAAGUACGAGAAUCGCAACACGACCAUCAUCAAGGUGGUGGUCAUCAUUGUGAUAUGGAUCAUUUCGCUGCUCGUUAUCUACAUGCUGUUCCUGAUGUGUUUGGAUCCACUGCUGAACAAGCGCGUGAAAGCGAACUACCAGGAGCACACGAACGAAGAUGACGACACCGCCGUCACCGUGGGCAAUGGGCAGGAUAUGCACGUGCGGGAGAACAACGUGCUGAACCGGGUCGGCCACCAGCAGGACAAGUGGAAGCGACAGGUACGGGAGCAGCGGCGCAACAUCUACGACCGGCACACGAUGCUGAACUGAGAAACGGACAGUGACGACGAGCCAAAACGAGUAAACCCCAUCCAUCACACAACACGCCGAAUGUGCAAUGUUUUGUAUUUCCAAUGAUCUGCAAAAGCUUUAGGAAGACGGGCAGCGGUUAUUCCAUGUUUUUUACCCUAAAAGCAUUGUGUCCGGACAAGCUUAUUACUGGAAGAUGUUGAACUAAAAGCUACUUUUGUUGUUUUGGUAAUUUAUGUAUUGUUGUGUAGAGUCGCUAACCCGUAUCCCGAAUGUAAUAACUGUGGCCGGAAAACGUGCGAUAUGAGUGCGGGUCCGGUCGGUUGAAGAAUAAACCAACUUAGACUUUAUAGAUUGUA